UCGGUGUCACCUCCUCAUCGUUGCCUUCGCCCUCACUCGUGGAGCUGCGUUAGCAGGGAGCUGCGAGCACCCAUCUGCGGGGUCCCAGCCCUGCACGCGACCCCAACCCUAAUCCUUCCCCGCCGGUUCCCCCGUACCCGGGGCUGAGCCCCCCAGCCCCGUUUCCCGCAGCCCCCAUGCAGCUACUGACGGCCGAUGGCUCUGCACGGGGGGGAGUGAGCUCAAGCGAAGGGUCUGCUCGCUCAGCCCUGUGCCAUCAGCCCAACCACUGUCAGCUUCGCACCGCUCACCGCUCCCUCCUCUCCCCCUUGGCAGGACGGAGCUGAACAAUAGCAGAGCUGGAAAACAAUGGGACCGCCGCACCUUCACGCUUAGCUCGGGAGAAAUCCCCGCUUGAAACCGACAUUUGGACCGGGGCUGGUGGGAACCAUCAUCGGAGUGCUGCUGGGAUCUGCUUGCAGUGGUUCUGAUGAAAGAGGAGCCUGAGGAUGGAGUACGGCAGCUGCGAGUACCUGGUCCCCUGUGGGAAGGACAAAUUCAUCCCCAAAAACGAGCUGCUGUUGCACUUGAAGACAUACAACAUCUACUAUGAAGGGCAGAAUUUGCAGCUGCGGCACCGGGAGGAGGAAGGUGAGCUGAUCGUUGAGGGGCUGCUGAACAUCUCAUGGGGCCUUCGGCGACCCAUCCGCCUGCAGAUGCAGGAUGACAACCAGCGCAUCCGCCCGCCGCCCUCCUCCUCCUCCUGGCACUCUGGGUGCAACCUGGGGGCACACGGGUCUGUGCUGAAGCCCAGCACCUUGCCAGACAUCCAGGUGACAGAUGUGGAUGCCACAGUGAACACAGAGAGUACUGGCAGCAACACAGGCACCACGAGGCUGCAGCCAGAAGAUCCCCCACAGCUGCUGCGCACACGGAGCGAUGUGGGUGUGCGGCGCCGGGGCAGCUCCCGAACCCCCAGCGAGCAGCGCCGCAUCCGGCGCCACCGCUUCUCCAUCAACGGGCACUUCUACAACCACAAGACGUCCGUGUUCACGCCGGCGUACGGCUCCAUCACCAACGUGCGGAUAAACAGCACAAUGACAACCCCGCAGGUGCUCAAGCUGCUGCUCAACAAGUUCAAGAUUGAGAACUCGGCGGAGGAGUUCGCGCUCUACAUCGUGCACACCAGCGGAGAGAAGCAGAAGCUGAGGGCCACCGAUUACCCGCUGAUCGCCCGCGUCCUGCAGGGCCCCUGUGAGCAGGUCUCCAAGGUCUUCCUGAUGGAGAAGGACCAGGUGGAGGAGGUCACCUAUGAUGUGGCACAGUACAUCAAAUUCGAAAUGCCCGUCCUCAGGAGCUUCAUCCAGAAGCUGGAGGAGGAGGAGGACCGCGAAGUGAAGAAGCUGAUGCGCAAGUAUUCCAUCCUCCGGCUGAUGAUUGAACAGAGGCUGGAGGAGAUUUCUGAAGGUCCAGCAAGGCUGUGAAUGCAGCUCUCAUCACAAGAAGCUUGCAUGAAGGCCAUCCUGCACCGAACCCUACAUUCCCAUCGCUUGGGGAGCAUCAACCAGGAGCCAACCCAUCCUUCUGCAUAGGGCAGAAUGUAGCUAUUGCCAUGCCCAGAUGUCACCCCCAAAAAUGCAAGCCCCUGCGAUGCUGGCACACUCAGGUAGCCCCGUCCCAUGCACAGGACUCGGCAGCUUCUUUGCAGCAUCCUUGGCGGACUCUUCUUCUGCAAAUGCUUGUUCUGCUCCUUGCUGGAUGCAGAGCCACCUGCAGGGCUCUCCCAGUGGCACAAAACUCAAAUCCUUGCAAAAAAAAAGAUAAAAAGAGGAGAUUAGGGAGCAGGGCAAAGCUGCUGCAAAUGGGCAUGAGAGGGGCUGCAAGUGCUCAGCAGCAAUAACCCAGGCUCAGUUUGGUGCGCUUCUCCCAUACAGUGCCUGGAGGAAGCCAAACAGCACAAAUGAUUCCUCUUAGAAAAGAAGGAUAUAUAUUGGAAAAAAAAGCACAUUUGUCUUGCAAUAAUUCACAGGUGAUGGGAAGCUUUUGUACAACCCCAAAGGACCUCUGAGAGUUGCUUUCUUCCACUUUUGCCAUGGAAAGCAAAACAAGAUUGAAUGUUGGACUUACAGUGAAAGAGUUUUCCAGCGCAUUUUUCCCUUAAGCCCACAUCUGGUUGUUUAACCCUCUUCUCCCUGUUCCUAAUUUGCACUAAUUAUCCUGUGGGAUUUAAAAAAGAACCACCACACACACGAUGUCAAAGCUCUCUGGUAGCCAAAUGCCAAUUACUGCUCACCGGAGCAACGAUGGUGCUGAGCUGCCCUGAGAGAUCGCUGCGAGGAACCUGGAGCAGCACAGGGACUCUGUGAACUCUCCUCAUCUCAUUUUUCGGGGGGACUUUUGCAUGUUUGUGCAUUGAAACUGAGUCUGGGUAAUGUUUCUCCUUGUGUGUGAGGGGAUUGAGACAGAAAGAGGUUUAUUUUGCCAGGCAAAAGCCUCCCUCCCUCCAUGUGAAACCAGCAAUAUCUAUUUUAUACCUCGAUGUCAACUAAAACUCUGACUUCUCCCACUCUUGAGUAUUUUGCAAUGUAUCUUUGUUAACAUUCCUUUUGGUUUAUGGUACCUUUUACACUUUUAACACAAGUUACAGGAAGUAUUGUCCGGUGUCAAAAGUGUUUUGUGUAUUUGGAGGAUGAUUGUGGCAUUGCUUUGUUUAUUAACAAGAAAACCAAAAUAUGUAGCAAAUUAAUACAGUAUGGAAGCACGUGAGUUAGAGCUGGUUUUGUUCAGAAUAAAGCACUUUGUGGA